ACAACUAUCGUCUUUUUCAGGGGUAAAGACUUCCAGUCCUCGAAACGAAACUCAAAAUGGCCACCGCCUCAAAAUUCACGUUGAAACCAGCAACCUCCCUUGCAGAUCUCACCGCCAUCAAAAGCCUCUUCACCGCCUACGCUUCCUCUCUUGGCAUCGACCUCUCCUUCCAGAAUUUCACCGCUGAACUGGACUCACUUCCGGGUCUCUAUGCUCCACCUUUUGGUGCUCUCUUCCUUGCUAUCACCCCUGAGCAAGAGGCAAUUGCAUGUGUGGGUCUCCGGCCUCUGCUCAAGAAAUCAAAGCCAAAUACAUCUCUAGAUGAAAACGGUGGUGACGGAGAUGGGAAAGGCAAUACCAUUUGUGAAAUGAAAAGACUUUACUGUGAUCCUGCAUCUCGUGGACUUGGUGUCGGAAGAGCACUAGUCGAAGAGGCUAUUAAGGAAGCCGAAAGACUGGGAUAUGAUGAGAUGAGGUUGGACACUCUCCUGAGCAUGGAAGGGGCGAGAAAGUUAUAUGAGCGUUAUGGGUUUGAGGAGAUUGAGGCUUAUUAUGACACACCUCUUAAGGGGACGUCGUUUCUGGGAAAGAAGCUGUAGAAGGAGUGAAAAGACUUGCGGUAGACCAAAAAGCGCUACCGAAUUAUCAAUGUUCCAAAUCAAGCUAGAUCAUUUCAGAUACUCUCCAUGUGGGUGUUCCAUCGAGGUAGA